UUUGUAGUCUCCCCACCAACCAGUUCCAGACAUUUAUUUCAUGCAUGUGAGUGUGUCUCCAGAGCAUGGGACACGCAGACAGGCAAGUGUGUGCCAGCAAUCCCAUCAGGCAAUGCGAAGACCUCUGGGAAGGCUUUCAAGGGGACAGUACAGUGGGGUCACCAGCCCAAACUGGGAAAGUUCAGAAAAUGAGAGGCAGAGGAUCUUCCGGGGGUGAGGGUCCACAGAAGCCCAGGUAUGCGUUUGUGAGAGAGCUAAGAAACCUACAAGGCAUAGGGUGGAUGUAGACUUGAAUUUCAAAGGCUUCGUUAAAUAGGUGGGUGGCCUAGGGCAAGCUAUUUGUCCUCUCCCACCUCAAUUUUCCCCUUAUAAAUGAGAAAAUAGUAACGUAUGUCUCAGAGAGUUAACAAUAGUUGUGACUUUGCUAGUAGUGUUUGGGGGAGUAUGAGGGCAGAGGGCAAUACGUUCUCUUUGACGUCUCCAUAAAACCAGAGGAGGUCAUUCAUAAGGUCCUUGACCACCCUUCCUGGCUCUGGAAGCACCGGGUCUGGGAUCCAGAAGGCUGAGCCCCAGGCUUCGGGCAGAUGGAGAAAGGACCAGAACUGUGACGCUCAUUUACUAAGUGGGUACUGAUGUUGGAGACCGAAGAUAAACACAGAAAGGCUACUCUCUACUCUCCCAGCCUCCCACAUUGGGUCCCAGUAUCCUUGGGAGUGCCUGUGGCUGAAGAAGUCCGCUAGAGCUUCAGCAGCUAGGCUUCUUCCGCAGAGCCAGUCUCUAGGUCAGGAUGCUAGCAGGGAGGGGGAGGGGGGAUGCUGCAACUCCGGUACCGGCGCGCGCUCAGGCCACCUCGGCCGGCCGUUCUAGCAGGCGCCUCGCCUGUGGCCUGCGGUCAGUGUGAACUGCAGGGCGUGGGCCGACAGGUCUGGCUGUGCCUGACUGGGGUUGGGAGCGGGAGGAAUCUCGCACAGCGUGACCCGGAGUGGCUAGGAGAAAGGGACUUGCGUGCCUGCAGGAGUCCCCAGCCUCUCCUGGCCGCUCACGCACCGCACCGGAGGACAUUAGGCCGUCGUCCCAGACUGUCGCGGCGCAGGGGUCCACCUACCACCGAUGAUGUCUAGAUCCUGAUACAUUUGCACCACCUUCUAUAAACAAGAUGGCAAGAGAGAGAUUGGCUUCAUCUCCAAGCCCAUGAGGAGUAAGGCCCCUUCUGGCCCAAAGAUGGGGAACAUCACUACAGAAAACUCCUCACUACCUUGCCCCAUUGACCACACCAUCCACCAGACACUGGCCCCAGUGGUCUAUGUGACCGUGCUGGUGGUGGGCUUCCCGGCCAACUGCCUAUCCCUCUACUUUGGGUACUUGCAGAUCAAGGCCCGAAAUGAGCUGGGAGUGUACCUGUGUAACCUGACCAUUGCAGACCUAUUCUAUAUCUGUUCGCUCCCCUUCUGGCUGCAGUACGUACUCCAGCAUGACAACUGGUCCCACGGUGACCUAUCCUGCCAGGUGUGUGGCAUCCUCCUCUAUGAGAACAUUUACAUCAGCGUGGGCUUCCUCUGCUGUAUCUCCAUCGACCGCUACCUGGCUGUGGCCCACCCCUUCCGCUUCCACCAGUUCCGCACCCUGAAGGCAGCCGUGGGUGUCAGUGUGCUCAUCUGGGCCAAGGAGCUGCUGACCAGCAUCUACUUCCUCAAGCACAAGGAGGUCAUCGAAGACGAGGACCGGCACCGAGUCUGCUUUGAGCAUUACCCUAUCCAGGCGUGGCAGCGUGGCAUCAACUACUACCGUUUCCUGGUGGGCUUUCUCUUUCCCAUCUGCCUGCUGCUGGCCUCCUACCAGGGCAUCCUGCGGGCUGUGCGCCGCAGCCAUGGCACCCAGAAGAGCCGCAAGGACCAGAUUCAGCGGCUGGUGCUCAGCACCGUGGUCAUCUUCCUGGCUUGCUUCCUGCCCUACCACGUGCUGCUGCUGGUGCGCAGCCUCUGGGAGAGCAGCUGUGACUUUGCCAAGAGCAUCUUCAACAUCUAUCACUUCUCCCUCCUCCUCACCAGCUUCAACUGUGUAGCUGACCCGGUGCUGUACUGCUUUGUCAGUGAGACCACUCACAGGGACCUAGCCCGCCUCCGAGGAGCCUGCCUAGCCUUCCUUACCUGCUCUAGGACAAGCAGGGCCAGGGAGGCCUACCCUCUGGGUGCCCCUGAGGCCUCUGGGAAAAGUGGGGCCCAGGGCGAGGAGCCUGAAUUGUUAACCAAGCUCCACUCAGCCUUCCAGACCCCUAACUCACUGGGAUUGGGAGGGCCCCCCACAGUUGGCUUGGCCUAGCUUGAGUCAUAUGUGUGUGAGCUUCCACCGACAGGCCUUGUGGUCUGGAGCUUGCAUGGUGGCUGUCUCCCAUUUUGUCAUGAAUAGGUGCCUCGCUCUUCAGGAAGGAACCAUGGUCUUGGGCCCCAGCCAGGUCACUCUGGCCCACUGGAAGUUUGCUCUGUGUGCUGAACCUGGGCACUGCUGACUGCAUGAGUGAGCCCUGUCUCCCUCCAUGUUCUCUGCAGCUGCCUGGGCUACAGAUGGGUGGGAGUCAGAAUUGUCACUUCCAGGAGGUUUGCAAAGAGCAGCGGGCCUGGGGGUGUGGAGAGGAGUGUAGGGACCUGGGUGCUCGUUCACCUGCAAGCUUUCCCUGUUGUCACAGAUGAUACCAGCCCAAAUAUGCUGUGGUCUUGUGUGACAUAGGAAGCUGUGUUGUGACCAUCAGUACUGAGCUCGCCUCUAAACUAGUGUGGACCAGAAGACUGGUUAAGGUGAAGACUAGGGCGGGGUUGGGGCACCGAUAUUGGUGACCCAGGGAUAAGAGCAGAGAGGCAGUCAGGGAAGAAGCCCCAGCGCCAGACACAUCUCACUUUACAGGGCUUAUGGAACAGAUUCCCCAACCCCUAAGGGCUGAUGGGAAAAAAUCCCCAGGGCUCCUCGGAGAGAUGCCAGGGGCCCUUUAAGAUGCCAUACUAAAGCUUAAUAAAAAGGCUUAGGCCUGAAGCUGUGUCCCUAGCCAAAUUCCUAGCACAGGCUUUUCCUAAUUAGCUUUUUUUGUGUGUCCAUCUGGCCAAAGUGCGGGACCCGAGAGCCUGAGGGAAAAGAGAGAGGGAGAAUAUGAAAAUGACAGAGUGUCCAGGACAACUGUGUGCUAAGACACUGAUGCCAGGGUCAUGUGACUGCUGCCAGUAACCCCUACCCUUCUCCACAUGCACCUUCAAGAGGAGUAAACAGUUUCCCAGAAUUCCUAGUUCCAAUAAACUAACAACACACAUACACAUGACUGCGUCUCUUGACUGCAGGUUUGGCUCAAGCUCCAUUUUGGUGUAGGAGAGUUGGCAGGAAUAACUGCAUGCCAGAGAGACCUACACCUACCCCAGCCUAGAUCCGUGUGGGGCAAUGGUAAUAGCUAAGUGUUCUGUACCUCUUUGUCCCACAGUAUUUCCCCGUUUGACCUGAAAUUCUGGAUUCGCACUGGCUUGGAGUGGAUCAAGCUAAGCCCAGCUCCCCUUACCAAGGAGAGCUGUAUUUUUGUGUUGUCUUCUCUCUUACGCCAAGUAUCCCUGUGUUGCACUGUGAGAUGGGUUUAUGUAGUGACUUCAAUCUGCCAAUAAAACAAAGUAACCAAUCACA